AUGUACCGAAGCAUCAGUGGAACUCUGCCAGCUCCGAACAGCACCCACACCCCAAAUGUCGAUUUCAAGAAAGCAAUGGAGGCAGUUUCUGACCACUCCAACAUCACAUUCAAGACAGCAUUCUCAACUUUCUACAAAGCCGUGAUGCCUUCGGGAACAACUUAUCUGGUGAAGAAGAUCAAACAUACCGACAAGAUAGUCCGGUUUCCUCAACACAAGCACCUCGUGGAGGAGCUGGAACUCUUUGGCAGCCUGUCCAAUCCCAACGUGAUGAUCCCGGUCGCAUAUGUCUUGACACUGAGUUCGUACCCCAUCACCGAUCAUUCUCAUGGAUCUCUGCAGCAAAAGCAUCCUGCUGAAGUCGUUGGACGAGCCUCAAAUCAGCACAUCGAGCUGUGCAAUCUCAUCCCUCCUUCGAAUAACGGAUGCAAGUAUGGUAGAGUGACGGGAGCAGGGAACGUGUACAGCCUAGGAGUCGUGCUGCUGGAGCUCGUGACGGGUAAGGCGGCAGUGGGUGAAGGAGAUGAAUUGGUAACAUGGGUGCUGAGUGGCUCAGGAUGGGAUGAGAUUCUUGAUUCCAAUGUUAGUGAGACAUCAAAUGGUGUAAGAAGGGAAAUGGCUGCAGAUGUUGAGGUUGCCUUAGCAUGUGUCAGUGUAUCACCAGAAAUGAGGCCUAAUGUUGUAACUGCGGUGCAAAUGCUACUAAAUGCAAGACAAAGUGAUGCUGAGGAUUGAGAUGUUAUGUACUGUACUGUAUUUGUAUAGUGUUUAUGUAUGUUUUUACUUAGUGUAACA